AUGUUCCAUCUUGGUUCUUCCACAUCUCUAGUCGAUCUAGGAUAUGAUGUGAUACAUCUCAUUCUCUCCUCAAUCCGCGAUGAUCGCCAGCACUCCGAUUUGCUCUCCAUUUCCGUUGUUUCAAAAGCAUUGAGGACUUGUACGCUGCCGCUUUUGUUUGGGGAUGUCGCUUGGCCGAGGGAAGAUACUCCAGAGUUUUAUCCGUCCGAGAUAUGGGUCUAUAUACGACGCGUACGGCUAGUGGAGGCCCGUUGGACGUCAGGCCUGCAACAUGAAAUUGCACUGGACAUACUUUCUCAAGUUCUUCCCAAACUCCCGAAUCUGUCCACCUUCUCCUAUACCUUACGAGCACAACCCCCAAGCCUCGCCUUCAUCUUGUCUUUGAUCAAUCACAACUUUACAUCCCUCACUUCGUUACACUUAUCGACGUCUUUCCUCGCCCGAGACUAUUCCUGUCACUUCGUCAAUAUCAGCAGGAUGCAGGAGAUCGUUAUUAAAUACCCUGAGCGGUCAACUUCAUUAUACGCUGCUCCGGAGAGUAAACGACUUCUCUCUAUGGAGUGUGCCGCCAACUUGAUAUCGGGUUCUCGUGAAACUCUUGUUCACCUCGACGUUCCAGGGGAGUAUUUUUCUCUGCCUACUUUCGCGGCAAUGUCUGGAGACAAACAAUUUCCCGCUUUGAAGCGGCUUGUUCUUCGAGGGUAUCCUCCCGAACACUCGGAACGGUAUCCGAUCUGGACAGUCCUAUCGAACAUGCCACGACUAUCCGUGUUAGAAGUAUGUUGCAAGUUACGGAUGAUUGGCGUCGUUCCACACCGUUAUGUCCUGAUGCCCACAGAUCCCCAGAUUCUCCCCAAGCAAGAUCAGUCACUUCCACCUUUUUUGAAGACAUUGGUAAUAUGUAAUCCUUCUUUGACGGAUAACAUAUUGCGUCGCUUGCCAUCUUCUCUACAAUGUCUCGUACUGGACUUUGUGCCAUAUUGGGAUGUGAUGAAUACCGGUUCGGAUCUUUUGGCAUAUCACAACCCCGAGAAACUGGUCAGGUUGUUAAGGGCUCUUCAUGCGGCAGGCGAUAGUAUGCCUCACCUGGAACAUCUCAGAAUAAACAUGGGAUGGUGUGUAACACCCGAGCUGCUAAGACGGAUUUCUAUCGUCUUUCCUGGAUUACACAUCCUUGAAUUUCAGGGUAUACGCUACUUUCAUCGAGAAAGCCACGAUUUCGAAUCCAACUUGGAUCUUUUUACGCAGGAAUUGUCAAAAUUUUCAUACCUUCAUACCCUGAAACUGGCAGUCGAAUUGAAGGAAGAUUCUUAUAAAGAAGACGGCUGUUUGCGGAAAAUAGGCUCCGUUGACGAGUCUUCACAAUUGUGGGCUAAUACGCUGGCCAGACGGGUUCUUGGCCUCAAAAGGAUUGCGUUCGAACAUCGACGCCAUACAGGAAAGACGAUUGGAUCACGAUCGAUAGUCGGGGAACCUCUGUGGGUGUGGUAUUUCCUGAAUCGUUUCCCGGACGAGGAAGGAAAUAUCAUGAGGCGGGCAGAUGAAGCUGUCGAUUGGGACUUGUUGGAUAAAUCGUUUCGAUGGUGA